AUGGCUCUAUCUCCCCACAAUGUCUCUUUUCAUACCAAUACGACCACUCAAAAGCUUCCCAUACUCCUCUUCGACAUCAUGGACACCGUUGUUCGCGACCCUUUUUACCAUGACGUCCCUGCCUUCUUCAGAAUGUCUUUCGAAGAACUUAUACAAUGCAAGCACCCAACUGCGUGGAUUGAGUUUGAAAAGGGGAUUAUUGAUGAGAUGGAGCUAGCGAGAAAGUUCUUUACUGAUGGAAGGCCUCUAGAUUUGGAAGGCCUAAAAGAUUGCAUGAGAAAGGGAUAUUCCUAUGUUGAAGGCAUAGAAGAAUUGCUUCAUUCAUUGAAAGAUAACAACUAUGAGAUGCAUGCCUUCACAAACUAUCCCAUCUGGUACGAGAUGAUUGAGGACAAAUUAAAAAUCUCAAAAUAUUUGUCUUGGACGUUCUGUUCAUGUAUAAGUGGGAAGAGGAAGCCUGAUCCUGAAUUCUAUUUGGAAGUUGAAAGACUUCUAAAAGUUGAUCCAGCAAGCUGUAUCUUCAUCGACGACAGCAUGAGAAAUGUAGAAGCUGCAAAGGAAAUUGGUAUCAUUGGUCUACAUUUCAAAAAUGCAGAUUUGCUUCGACAAGAUCUUUCUUUGCUGGGGAUUGGCAUUUCAACAAAUCAAACCAAGCUUGCACAAGAAUAG